AGAUAAGAAUAUACCUUUGAAAAGGGAGAGAGAGAGAGAGAAUAUCAUAUCUCGUGCCUUUGUUUCAAGAAAGGCAAAAUCAGCGAUCAUGGAAUCAAAACCUUGGCCUUCCCUGUGUGGCUCUUCACUCUACCUCUACUUGUACUUUCCCUUUAUCUGUCUCUGCUUUCACCCUAUCUCGGUAUUGUCUGCCGCAGGAAAGCCAUAUACAAAUACUGCCCUUGCUUCACCAACAACUCCUCAGCUCCGUUUCCGCCGAAAUGGGGAGUUCAAGAUCCUACAAGUUGCAGAUAUGCACUAUGCUGAUGGAAAAACAACACUUUGUGAAGACGUAUUGCCGGAACAGGUGGCUACCUGCUCCGAUCUCAACACAACCGCCUUCCUCGAGCGCAUGAUUCGACUCGAGAAUCCCGAUCUCAUCGCCUUCACCGGGGACAACAUCUUUGGCUUCGACGCAACGGAUGCAGUGAAAUCCUUGAAUGCGGCAUUUGCCCCAGCGAUCACGUCCAAAAUCCCAUGGGCUGCAAUUCUAGGAAACCACGACCAGGAAUCCACGCUAUCCAGGGAAGGAGUCAUGAAACACAUUGUUGGCAUGAAGGGCACCUUGUCUCGGCUCAAUCCUCCGGCCCACAUCAUCGAUGGCUUCGGGAACUACAACCUGGAGGUAGGCGGGGUUGAGGGUUCUACUCUCCAAAACAAGUCGGUUCUCAACCUCUACUUCCUCGACAGCGGAGAUUACUCCACCGUUCCUUUCGUUCCUGGUUAUGGCUGGAUCAAACCCUCGCAGCAGCUUUGGUUCCAACGCACUUCUUAUAAGCUACAGGGAGCAUACAAGAACAAACCAGAGGCCCAGAAAACACCCGCUCCAGGGCUUGUGUACUUUCACAUCCCAUUGCCUGAAUAUGCUAUGUUGGACUUGUCAAACUACACCGGUGUGAGACAGGAAGGUAUCAGUUCAGCUUCCGUGAACUCAGGUUUCUUUCCCACUCUGUUGGAAGCAGGGGAUGUGAAGGCCGUCUUUACGGGUCAUGAUCACCUGAAUGACUUCUGUGGGCAGUUGACGGGUAUACAUCUUUGUUAUGCUGGAGGAUUUGGAUACCAUGCCUAUGGCAAGGCAGGAUGGGCGAGGAGGGCAAGGGUGGUACUAGCAACGUUAGAGAAAACAGACAAUGGGAGUUGGGGAGCCGUCAAAUCUAUUAGAACAUGGAAACGCCUAGAUGACAAUCGCUUCUCUGUCAUAGAUGCUCAAAUUCUGUGGAGUAAGAGCUCUUCAGGGAGGCGUCGGAAAAGAACUUCCAAUGGCCAUUGAGUGGCAAGAAGAGGGUGGGAGUCGCAAUUACAUUUUAAAAGCAGUUUUUAUAAUGUGUAUCACUAUAUUGUUCUCUUCUAUUGUAGCAGUUUUACGGAAGUUUGAAUGGAUAUUGAUAUUGAAAAGAAAAUUUGUUAAAGUUGCGUUAACGGACAAAUUAUUUGAUGUUCCA